CCUCCCUUUCAUACUAUCACUCGCUCUCCAUCUUCUUCUUCACAUCAUUCGCUGCAGUUAUUGUUGUUGUGGCUGGAAUUGCUUCACUUCUCUUGGAUUCUAUUAAGAUAAUAUGGUGAAGAAUGUCACAGUCUCACCAAGGUGGAUCUCUACAAUCGGACAACUUUGACCACCGACACACCUGAAUGCAUAAUGGCGUGUGCCCUAUCCAGAGGAGACCAUUCCGAAGAAUCGACUCGCGUCAAGUUUUUCAUUACAAGCUAUGCUGAGGACUUCUUUUCAGAAAGAGAAUUACUCCGGAAAGAGAUUCAGCCAGAACUGGAGACAUGGUCAAAUAUAAAUAAUAUAAAACUCGAGGUUUAUCAUAUCAAAUGGGGUAGCAAACAUGCUGAAAGACGGGAUUUUACCGACUUGAAGGCUAUGCAAUCUAAAAUCGAGGAUUGUUAUUAUAAUAAUGUUAUGCCAAUAUUUCUCAACUUCACCAGUGAAACCCUCGGCUGGGUACCCACCUGGGGAGAUUACCAUCACCAGUUUAUAGAAUCCUACCUCAAGAGUUACGGACUGACAUCUUUAGACCUGGAAGUCAUGUAUGGAGCAUACCGAGAAGACAAUCUUAACUCUUUGUUCCUUUACCGUUCUGAUAGCUUCUUGGAAUCUUUACCUCAAGAAGAAAAAUGUGCAUUUCCUCAGAAAAUGGGCAAAUCCGAUGCUCUUGUGUCUGAAACUUGUAACAAAAUCAAUCAAAGAUUUCCACCAGACAGAAUUAUCAAAUACAAACCAGUCUAUAAAGGUCUGACCGGGAAGAGAAAAAGACCCAAACUACAGUUUAAUGAUUGUCUGAAGGAAAUGAUCUGUGAGUUUGUGAAGAUGAGAAUCCUCCACGACUACCUCGGCCACCCGUGUCACCGAGGGAUGUACUACGACCACAUGGCACGACAACUUCACGAGAGUUUCAUGCUGAAGAAGAGUGAACGGGUAAUGGGACGUGAGAAAAUAAUUAACGAGAUUGAAGAAUACAUUGUCCAAGAGAAGAGAGACGUACCUCUUAUUUUGGUGGGUGGAGCUGGUUCAGGCAAGUCUUCAGUUCUGUGCAAGGCUGCGGCUCUUAUUUCUAAAAAGGCUAGUGAGGAUCUGAAAAGUGCAAGUGGAAAGUCUUGGCAUGUCUUUUACCAUUUUGUUGGCGCCGUACCAGGUUCUACAACCGUUGAGGUCAUGCUCAAAAGACUACUUCGAGAAAUGGACAGAAUCAAUGUAAGUUAUCCAACCCUACCACAAAGAUACACUGAAGCUGUAAAAACUGACCCCUUUUUAUGUUUUCCUUUCUCCCCACCCAUACAGGAUAUGGCUCGGGAUUUGUUGCAGUCCGAUGUAGGGAACGAAAUUUGUUUAUCUGAUGACCAGUUAAAUGAUCUGAUGACCAAAGAAUCGUCCGAAAACCCUCUCUGGCUUGCUGUAGCUUGCGAGGAAUUGAAACAUGUAAAUAAUGGUGAAAUUAAUCAAAAGAUUAACGAUCUCCCAAAUGGUUUGCUCAAUCUGUUGGCUGAGGUUUUGACCAGACUGGAAAACACUCCACAAGGCAACCUCAUCACUGCAACACUUUGUCUUCUAGAAGCUUCUUCUGUCGGACUCUUGGAGUCUGAACUACGUCAGAUAUUGGGGAACGAGGCCACCCUUAUGCCUCCAUCACCUUUUGACGAAAAAGAAGAAAAAGAAAGUUCUGAGAAAGAAAGUACCAAGCACUGCCAGAGCUUGCCAGAAGAGAAAUGGCAAGAAGUUUAUUCAACCCUGAAACCAUUUCUACGACCGUAUGGAGACAGCAAGGAAGGAAGGAUUGACUUCUACCAUCGGGCAGUGAGCAAAGCUGUGAGAAAAAUCUAUUUCGAGCCAGAAGAAAGUGAACUUGAUAAAGGUCAAUCGUAUUAUUGGUGGCACAAGAAACUUGCAGACUUUUUCCAAAAUACACCGAAUACAGACCGUAUGAUAGAAGAAUAUCCCUACCAACUGGUCUGUCUUGAUGACACUUACCGAUUAUCCAAAUGUCUCUGUGAUUGGCGUAUCUUUGAUGUCCUUUAUCAUGAAGAAUACAGCUCCGUUUUGUUGUCUCUCUGGAGAAAGGUCGGUACCGCCAAUGCGAUGGUCAGUGCAUACGAAAAAGCACUCAGUGAAUUCGAAGAAGAAGAAAACAUCAUGGAAGAAUUGGUCUCCAUCCGAUACGAAAAAGUCUGCAGAGUUGUGAUUCAAGCUGGUAAAAACCAUGAGGCGCUGGAAUUGCUGAAAACUGCUAUGAAAAUUGAAGAGAAAGAAUUAGGUGCACGCAACCAUCGGAUGGUGGAGUUGUAUGCAUUGAUGGCUGAGAUUUAUGAUGAGAAAUUGAAACUGAAUGAUUUUGUGUCUCCGAGCCAGCUUCCUGAUCUAAGGAAAGCCAUUUCUUAUGGCAAGAAAGCCAUAGCGUUGCGGAAAAAGCUCAGUGGUCGCUACCAUAAGUUUAAGCUAGGGAUGAGCCUUAUGAAGCUAGCAUUCAACAUGGAAAGCUGGGAAGCCUGUGGUGGCAGCACCGAAAUGCCUGGAAGUGAAGCAUUAGCUGAGGGCAACCGUUGUAUUGAUGUGGCCAUAAAGAUAUUCCAAGAGCUGAACGACAUUGGUCACUAUGCCGAAGCUUUGAUGACAAAAGGAGUUCUAGCAACACGAGGGAGCAUGGAACAGCUGAAAUUGUACAACCAAGCGAUGGACCUGUGUAUGCAAAUGUACGGCGAGUAUCACAUCCUGACUUCAAGACUCUACAUCAAUAUUGGGAUCGUCUACGAAGACAACAAGGAAUACCGGAAGGCCUACGAGUACUUCAAGAAGUGGGCGAGGGUCAGCGAAGAGAUCCUGGGACCCGACCACCCAAAGACGCGCCGAGCAAAGGGCGUCCUGCAGGAGACACGGUACAGAAGGAUCGCACAGGAGCUUGGCGAAUGGGACUACGACGGGGACACGGAUGGGGGCGAGUCCUAUGACGACGACGAUGACGAAGACGACGAAAUGGAGAACCCUGACCUCGAGCACUACUACGACGACGCGAUCAGCCGGCAGACGGACAGUCAUCGCAACCAGUACAGGCUGGCAGCGGCAGCGGCGGCCGCAGCAGCUGUGGUGGUGGACAACACGGAAAUUGAAGCCAUGGAGGACAGUGUCGAAGGAGCAGAGCUGGACAACAGGGCGGACAACAACGUCGGAAGUAAUUCCGAAGAUGAGGACGACGACGAUGAUGAUAGCGAGCAUGGGAACUUCGAGUACGUCGUCGGACAGGAAAGGCCCGCAACGCGCAGAUAUUUCAGCAACAACAGCAGUAGCAGCGUCAGUGGUGUGGACAGUAACAAUCAGCAUCAUCAUCAGAUUGACCGCAACAACCGAAGACACUCGUUCGAUUAUGCGUUUGAUCUGGACGAUGAUGACGACUCGGACCGAGAGCACUCGGACAACGAGAACUUCUUUGACGACAACUGCGAGGACUACGACGAGCAGUACACGCUUCUCGUCGACCAUAUUCCUGCCAUUGAAGAGGUCAGCGUCCGGCUUGACCGGCAAGCUGACCAGUGUGGUGGCGACGUCACCCCAUCAUCGGCUGUGGUCAGUGAAUUCAUCGACGAUAACAGAUUCGCUGACGAUGACACCGAACAGGACACGGACUUCAGUGACAUCGUCUGUCCUGAGAACUACAUAUCUGGUCAUUUCCAGGACGGUGUAAGAUAAAGAGAACACAUAAGUGUGUAUGUAUGUGUGUGCAUAUAUAUAUGUAUACGUCUGUGUGUAUAUAUACACACACACACACUGGAAAAAAGACAAAAUAGAUAUAUAUAUAUAUAU